UACUUUGCGUGCGAGUCAGCGGAGGCUGAUUGCAGAAGAAUGGGCUGUGAGGUGUUCAAGAUGGCGGCGCCCUGUGGAGUGCAGCGACUCUGACAGGUAACAGGUCCAUGUAUUGAGUGGUGCCUGGAGACUGUAUUGGCCGGAGGCCCAGGGAGCCCUCCAGGCAGGGCAGCAGGACACUGUGAGAUACACGACCGGGACACCCCCCUGCCCUCCUCAGGCCUCAACGGAGACCCCCUGCCACCACCUCCCCCUCCACCACUGUCACCAUGGCGAGAGAGCAGCCUAACGUAGCAGACCUCCUCCCUCUCCUGGAGUCCUCUGACAUCCACCAACUGGAGGAGAUUAAAGGCCUUAUCAAUGAGCAUCUCAGCACUGAGCGAGGGGCCAUGCUGCUGAAUGGACUGGUGGACUACUUCCUGGAGACUAACUCAGCCCAGGCCAUUAAUAUUCUCUCCUCAGUCAGAGAGCCACAUGAUAAGCACCUACUGGACAAGAUGAACGAGUGUAUGACCAAACAGGCCUGCCGGCUGCCUACCCUCACCCUGCUGGGCCACGUGGUCCGCAAGCAGCCGUCCUGGAUCCACAAGAUCGCCCGCUACCCGCUGCUUCUCUCGCUGCUUAAAUGCCUCAAAACGGAUUUAGACGUGGUGGUCCUCAUAACUGGAGUCCUGGUGUUGAUCACUCUGCUACCCAUGAUCCCCCAGGCUGGCAAACAACACCUGUAUGAGUUCUUUGACAUUUUUGGCCGCCUGGCUUCCUGGAACCUGAAGAACCCAGGGCACGUCUCCGAGGUGUACCUCAUCCACCUGCACGCCAGCAUCUACUCGCUCUUCCACCGUCUCUACGGCAUGUACCCCUGCAACUUUGUGUCCUACCUGCGCUCCCACUACAGCAUGAAGGAGAACGUGGACACCUUUGAGGAGGUGGUGAAGCCAAUGCUGGAACACGUCCGUAUACACCCAGAACUAGUGACUGGAACUAAGGACCAUGAGCUUGAUCCCACCAGGUGGAAGAGGUUUGAGAUUCAUGACAUCGUCAUAGAGUGUGCCAAAGUGUCUCUGGACCCCAAGGAAGCGUCGUGUGAGGAGGGCUAUGCGACCAUGCCCGAGAACCUCUACCCCCACCUGGAGCUUCACCCACAUGAGUCCGUCUCCAGCCCCUACACUGACUUCCACAACAGCUACGGAAGCUCCUCUUCGACCCCUUUCUCUACCCCCCACCAGCCACUGCUACCACCCCUGUCCCUGCCCCCUCUCUCAGGGGCACAGUCCUUCUAUCGCAGCCCCCAGACCUCCAGACGUCAGAACUCUAGCUGUGAACUCAACUCCUCCUGUGUGGUAAAGGAACUGUGGAGCCCCUCCUCCCUGUGUGGCAUGGCCACUCCCCCUUCCUCCAGGGGCAUGUCACCCAACCCAGAGCUCUCCCAUAGUGCCUCUCACCUCCCAGGCCACCGCGGCCUCAGCACAUCAGGUGGCAAAGGUACACCUGCCUCCAGCACUCCUGCCACCUCCUCCCCGCCCCACACCCUCUCUGAUGAGUUCCCCAUCAUCCCCCUGCUCUCCAACACCACCAGUCCACCACAGAAGGAUGGCCACCCUGUAGAAGCAUCCAAACCCAGCCUGGUGAGGCAGGAACCAAUCAGAGUUCCUGAAAAAGGUGGAGAGGUCAUCAACAACAACAGAGAUGUAGGUGGUGGUGAGACCGUUUCCAUGACACUGACAGAGCUGUCAGUCUUUAUGAAGGAGCUUCAGCUGAGAACAGAGAAGGAGAGGGAAGAGGCUGCCAUCACAGAGGAGCUCCUGAAGAUCACGGAGGACAAGCGGGACUUGACCGGCCUGAGGGGCUUUGAUUCCCCGUUCUACCGCACCACCGAGACCCUGACAGGUACCCAGGAGAAGCCCCUUCCCAACCCCCCACUGGGUGGCCCCAUGCCACCCCGGGAACCCCACAAUGCUGUGUCGACCCCAGGCAAGGCACUGGAGAAUGCCCAGGGGGCUAUUGGUGGAGAUGGAGGUGGGGACAGUAGUAGGGGCUCGGCCCUGGACCAGUCCUGGUCUUUCCAACCCGUGUGUCCCUUCAGCCCCAUCCAACACCCUCUUCACCAGAGCCCCUCUGCCCUGGAGGACGAGGUGGCCAAGUUCAGUGGCCUGUUCUCGCCAAGCCGCCCAGUGAAGAACCCCUCCCUGCCCUAUGAGGCCCUGUUUGACCUGGCUCUGCCCCGGGCUGCAUCCCUCUUCGUUGGGAGGAGGACGUCGGAAGCCCGGGGCAGAGUUGCCCUGGAGAGGCUGUGCCAGCGGCAGGAGGGGCUGGAGGACAGGGAGGAGGAGGGCGAGGAGAUGGUGUCUGCUUCCCCCCUGGAGGUGCUGGAUCGCCUUGUUCAGCAGGGGAGCGACACCCACGACAAGGUGCUCAAGAGAUUACCUUUGCCAAGCAAGUCAGCUGACUGGACACAUUUUGGAGGUUCCGCUCCGCUGGACGAGCUGCACACGUUGCGUAGCCAGCUGCUCCUGCUGCACAGCCAGCUGCUAUACGAGCGCUACAAGAGGGAGCAGCACGCCGUCCGCAACCGACGUCUACUGCGCCGCGUCAUCAACGCCACUGCACUGGAAGAGCAGAACAACGCUAUGAAGGACCAGCUGAACCUGCAGAGUGUGGACGUCGUGUCUCUGAAGGAGAGUCUGCAGGUGGAGCAGCAGCGCUGCAGACAGCUGUGGGACGACAGAGAGACCGUGGUCACCAGACUACACAGCCAGGUCCGCCAGCUACAGCAGGGCCGGGACGACUACUACACCAAGAACCAGGAACUGCAGAGUCAGUUGAAUGAGUGUCAGAAGAAGAUGAAUGAGCUGGAGGCAGAUCUACAGAGAGCCAACAACAAAGUGUGUCACACGGGGCACCUACUCAACCAGAUGACCAUCAAGCUGAGCACCAGUGAGAGCACCCAGCAACAGAUGAGUUUCCUGAACAAGCAGCUGCUGCUCCUGGGGGAGGCCCGCAAGCUGGAUGUAUUGCAGCAGCAGCACACGGGCUCCGACAGCACCAAGGAGGCCCAGAUGGUGCAGGUGUCCUGGGGGAAGGAGGUUGAGAGGCUGAGGCAGAGCCUGCUGCAGCAGGGCCAGAAGCUGGAGGCAGCGCAGCAAAGGGUGGGAGAGCUGGAGACUCAGCUCACCAAGAAGGAACACCUCAUUGUGGAGCAGAAAAGGUUCCUGGAGGAUGUCAAGGGCCAGGCCAAGGGUGAGCUUCAGGCAUCAGAGAGCAGGUACCAGGCCCAGAGGAGAGUGACACAGCUCCUGCAAACUGAGCUGCUGCACCUCUACAGCAGACUGGAGAUGGAGGGUCAUGCCUGCCCUACCACAGCCUCAGCAGCAGGGGGCAGCAGUACCGAUCCUGGCCCUCCUAUAGACUCAAGUGUCAUGGAACCAGAUGGGCCAGUCACAUUGGGGACCAACGAGUGGUCAGAUGACAGCAGACCAUCUCAGUCCCCACGGGGCAACGGCAGCACUUUAUCGCCAGGGCAACCAAAGGCGAACAACCCACCCAAAGCGCCCCCUCUCAACUCCGCCAACAGCACCCAGGACAUCCCCCCACCUCUCCUUGUGGAGCCCUCCUUUUACAGUCCCCAUGCCACCCCACUGCCCCCUGACGCCGCCCCCCUCACGGUUGGCUCCUACCCCAGCGCCAACAGCUUCCUGGGGAUGAGGGCACGGGAGCUGUUCCGGAACAAGAGCGAAAGCCAGUGUGACGAGGAGCCGCCGCCCCCCCGCCUGGCCGGCCUUUCACAGUGCCUGAAGACUGAGCUGUGUGUGGAGCCCUUAUUUACCCCACUGGGGAAUGCUCUGACGUGUCCUGUCUCUGCCUCUGUCCCUACCCUUACCCUUGUACCUACCCUUACCCCUGUCCCUACCAUUACUCCUGUCCCUGCCUCUGUACUGGGUGUCCCUCUCACUGUGCCUGCCAAGAAGCACCCGCCUGAAACCAGGCAGAGGGCUACCAAGCAGGAGAGUCCUAGGAGGAAGAUGGGAGGAGCAAGGGGAGGGGCAGUGGCCAGCGCAGCACGACCAAGACAGCAACCGCCACUAAGGAUCAUGGACUACAACGAAACACAACAAGAGCACAGUUACAGAGACACCGAACUGAGAGAGGAGAAGAGAAUAGAGGGGAGGAUGGAGAGUAGGAAGAGUGGUCGUCCGGAGCAAGAGCUACAAGCAGUAGAACCAUAAAAGUUCAAGACAAAGCUCUUUUAAAUUCAGUGUUAUUUAUCCCAUUCCCUUAAGUGGACAACAGGAUUUGAACCUCUGAUUGAUUUAAUCCCAGAUGGAAAGAUGGGAAUGAAGGAAUGUUUAAAUAAGGAGGUCAUGUUACAAUAUACCAGCAGAGACCACAUUAUAUAUCUGGUCUAAUUGCAGUUAUACUUAGACAUUUGGGAGUUUUUUUUCCUGAACAAUUUCAUAUAAAUAGAGAGACCCUAUUUCCAAAUCUGUUGUUCAAAGUUAUAAGGUUUAAAAAAACGAAUCAAAAUAAGUUAGACAAGUAUAAAACACUAAGAAAGUAUGUGAGAGCCUUUUCAUUCUUAUGUAUUAGUCUUGUGGGGUGUGAGAGAAAGUGAUGGUAAUGAAAGCCUGGUUUUGGUUGACUAUUGUCUUGAGCACCUGUACUGAUGUUGUGUGAGGGAGGUGGGUUGGGGUGGGCUGAUUCUCAAGGCUUGGGGAGUAACUGUGCCAAGUAUGAGAUUGUUGUCAAUGAUUCCAACUCCUCUGCUAUGCUUGGGGAGGAACCUGGGAGUUUGACUGUUUCAUUUGAGAUAAAAUAUAGGAGGAGGAUUGCUGGUUUCCAUGCUGGUUUCAUUAUGUUCCUGACAGAAAUGACCUUUAGUAUGUGUUGAAGAGGGAGAACGUGUAUGUAUGCAUGCAUGUAUGCACGUAUGCAUGUAUGUAUGUAUGUAUGCAUGCAUGCAAGGGUAUGUUGUUUAAGUCAUGUUGCAAUCAUUUACAAAUGCUUUUUUAUGAGAAGUGACAUAUCUGAUGCAGAAAGUUACAAGUACUUUAAGUAACUAAUGUUGCUCAUGAUAACCACAUAUCUUGAAUUUAAAUCAGACUCAUGCUAUGUUAAUUCCGACAAAUCAUUUGUAAUACAUCAACCUGUGUGAAGCAGUAUUUUCUGUUUGAGUUCGCUAACAGAAAGUGUACAGAAAGACAGUGCCAAACAUUUACCAGAUACUGAAUACAACCAUUUCAAAAUGACUCAUUGACCUCAAAGUGCUCCUAUUCUAGUUCAGUAUCUGGGUCUCUCAAAAGGGCUGAUUUAUGCAUAAAAGGUUUGCAUGUGUCAUCCUCUAUUGUCAUAGAUACAGUGAGUCUGAAAAGAAAAAAAUCAAGUCUGCCAAUUCAUUCUUAUUGGUCCUCCUUCCCUACUGACCUAUGACAGUCAGAAUUGCUUCUUUCUUUUGGGUUCUGCCAUGUGUUUAAAUGGUAAUAAAUCCUGUUGUCCACUUAACUUCAGCUGUUAUUCCCUCUGCCUUGCUAUCUAAAGCAUGUUCAACAAUCCACUUGAAUGCCAACAGUAUAGUAGUAGGAACUACAACAAACCAAGAUAGAAGGUACAAUCAAGUGUGGACUAAAUGGAAAGCUUGAACUGGGACUCCUUUUGGAGCUGGAGAUUUUGAAAAAAGGCAAAAAACAAAGUUCUUAAAAGCAGUUGCUUGUGUUUAACUGUGAACAAUAAAAAUCGUCUUUAAUGUUUUGCACUACC